AUGAACCCGGCGAGGCGCGUGACGUUCACGCGCGCCGUCCUGCUCCUCGGCGUCGUCGCGCUCGGGCUCUGGCUCCUGAGCGUGGAAUUCGCCGUCGUCGGCGCCGGGGGGAGCGCGGCCGACCCCGCCGCCCGGGCCGCGGUGGCCGGGAGGAGGAGGACCCACGCCCAGGCGGCCGCCCGGUCGCCGGACGCGUGGCGCACCCGCGAGUGGCGGCGGGAGGUGGACCGCCACGCCGCCGUCCUCCGCAGGCACCUCGCGGACGGCAUGCUCGCCGCGUCCUCCGUCGCGGUCUGCCUCGGCGGCGCCCAGGAGGCCAUGGCGCUGCGGGAGCUCGGCGUGGUCGGCGCCGUCGCGGUCGCCCGGAAGCGGUCCCCGCCCCUCGCCGUCGCGGGAAACGGCCGCCGGCUCCCGUUCCCGGACUCCUCCGUCGACUUCGUCUUCGCCGGGCGCGCCCUUGACAACACCAAGCGCCAGGCCGACCUCGCCAGCGAGGCGGCACGGAUCAUGAAGCCGGACGGCCACGGCCACCUCGUGGUCCUCACGUCCGGCGCCAGCGAUGCCUACAGCCUCCGGUCCCUCCAGGCUCUCCUCCCAUCCCUCAGAUUGCUCCGCUCCCGCGUGAUCAACGGCGCGGAUGGCUCCACGCUCCGGGAGCUGGUCUUCCGGAAGCAUGCAGACGUCUCCACCACCAGCAGGUCCUCCUCCAACGGCAACAAUUCCGCAGGCAACUGCACGAAUCGCGAUCACAAGCUCGAGAUCAUCGACCUGGCCGAGCCACUGAUCCAAGAAGAGCCGGCAAAGCCAUGGAUCACGCUGAAGAGGAACAUCAAGAACAUCAGGUACCUGCCGGCGCUCGCCGACAUCGGCUUCAAGCGCCGGUACGUGUACAUCGACAUCGGCGCCCGGAACUACGGAUCCAGCAUCGGCAGCUGGUUCCGGAAGCAGUACCCGAAGCAGAACCACACCUUCGAGGUGUUCGCCAUCGAGGCCGACCCGGCGUUCCACACCGAUUACGCCAGAAGGAAAGGCGUCACCCUGCUCCCCUACGCCGCCUGGGUACGGAACGAGACGCUCAGCUUCGAGAUCAACGAUGGCCCCGGCAAGACGGGUCACAGCGACGUUAGAAAGCCGAACGGCCGUGGCAUGGGCCGCAUCAGGCCCGCGGCGGGCGCGAUGAACGGGGUGUCUUCCGGCGAGGUGCGGCGCAUCCCGGCGUUCGACCUCGCCGAGUGGCUGAAGCGGACGGUGUCCGAGCAGGACUACGUGGUGAUGAAGAUGGACGUGGAGGGCACCGAGUUCGACCUCAUCCCGAGGAUGAUCGGCACCGGAGCGAUCUGCCUCGUCGACGAGCUGUUCCUCGAAUGCCAUUACAACCGGUGGCAGAGGUGCUGCCCCGGCGAGCGGUCGCCCAAGUACUCCAACACGUACGGCGAGUGCCUGGAUCUGUUCACCUCACUCCGGAACAGCGGCGUGCUUGUGCAUCAAUGGUGGUGAUUAGGCUGAUUAGUACACACGGAAGGCGUCUUUGAACUGUCAACUCAAAGAUAAAGGUUUUAAU